AUGAAAGUUCUGCAAUCCAAUCGCGGAUAUUACCUAAUAAAUGUUGACAACCUUACUACUUGUCAGGUUACUAACACAUUGAAGUUUUCACGAAACACUUUCGACAAGGAUUCAAGCCUUGUAUAUGACGGUGUGGUUGGUGGACAAUUUUAUUCUCAUACUGGUGGCGGAAGUAAUCUCUUGUGUCUACCCAACGAUCCCAUUUGGGCCAAUUAUACUACAGAAGUUGAAGAAGGAGGUUACAUUUAUGGUAGUGAAUAUGAACUAAAUUUUUACCCAACUAAUAAACUCUUUUCUUUUGCUAACGCUGAAUCAAUUCAUGAGCACAACGUUCCGUGCGCUGUCUGUUUGACACGACAACCUGCUGUCGUUAUGAUGUUACCAGCCAGGACAAAGUGUUACCCUGGUUGGACGAUUGAGUAUUCGGGAUAUUUGAUGACCGAGUAUUAUAAGCAUAAGGGCAGACAUGAGUAUGUGUGUGUGGACUACGCACCAGAAGCUGAUCCAGCAGGUUACAGAAACGAAGAUGGAGCUCUAUUAUAUUUCGUUCAGGCUGCUUGUGGUUCAUUGCCAUGUCCACCGUAUGUCAAUGGUCGAGAAUUAACCUGCGUUGUGUGCAGUAAAUACUGAAUAGAAGUUUACAUUCGUUUUUAUACGAAA